AUGACGGGUGGCGAGCGAUUUCUCGAGUGCAAAUGUUUCAAUAUCUUCGCCGAGACCGGGCCCGCACUAAAGAAGAACUGCCUGCAAAAGAAAGAGGAGUGCUGCCUGCUCCUCCCGAAGCUCAGAUCUCGGGUUUCGGACCUCGUCCACCCGAUCCGCAGCCCUGGAUUCGUCUCGAUCAGCGCCGUUAUUCCGGUCUUCGACCUCGUUCGACCGGGCUUCACGGAUCAGCGA